GUUGAUGUCACGUCACAACCUUGGAGCUAGUCUAAUCUGUAGAUUACUUGGUUCUUGGAUGAAGAAAAGGCACAAGGAAAUGUUGUCUGACUGUCCUCACAUGACACAUGGUGAAAGUAUAACAUGAUAACUGGAGUUUUUGCUCGUGGGUGCUGGUUGUUGUCAAAUAUUAUGGAUGUGGUGUGAGUUUAGGGCUUGGCUUGGGAGGCGCCUGGGUUCACAGUUCAGUAUAUUAAGGGGGAACUGUUUCUUGAUUGUGACUUGACUGUUGGACAGUGGGCAGGACUGGGUUACGGCCGAGAGGGAAAUCAUCAACAGCGUCUGUAGCGUGGCUAGUUAAAAUGGUGUCGUACGACUACAUUGUUUACGAGAUCUUUAAUGAAUCGCAGACGAUCACGACAGUUUUGGGGAAUUCCUUAUAUGGUCAAAGAAAACUACAAGGCCCACAUUGCUGAAGAUUAACAUGAUGUCAUAACCUGGCGACGCUGCAUCAUCAUGUCAUGCGGAAAGGGAAAUACAUUUCCAAAACAAAUCGUAAAUUGUGUUGGCCAUGAUCGCUAGUUGCUAGCGGGCUAAUAUUAAGUCGUACGUACAUUUUGAAGUCAUGGAAUUAUAUAAUUUGUAAACAUUCGUAAGAUAUAUGCGUGUUUCAGACGCCUAGUUUAUCUAAGAUAAAGAAAAGUGUAGGUUCGCCGGGCCAACUGAUUCAGCCUUGUUUUGGAUUUAUCUCACUCGACUCCAGCCCCACUACGCCAGUUCAAAAUGAGUCUAACCAUAGACGCAAACGUCUCUUUCCUUAAGUAUGAACUUGCUUCAACAAUCGACCAGGCUGUCAGGUGUGCAGUAGAAACCGUUUUGAAAGAAACAUCAAAGGUUGUUGGACUCAAACUGGUCGCAGCCAAAACGGCCGCAGCCGAGUCUCAUCGUGAGAAUCAAAGUUUGAAAGAGAGACUAGAAAUAUCCGAGAGUGAAUUGAAGGCUGUACGUUAUUACAUGACAGCAGCCGAGAAAAACAUAAAACAGUGUUUACUUCUCGAUCACAAUCAGUCUCGAUCAAAUGCUGAAUGUUUGGCAUCCGUUGAGUCCGUCUCAUCCCCCGGCUCGGGGAAUCCACGCAACCUGCUUAGAGGCGCUCCACGAGUGCAAAAGUCGUUUCGGGCUUCAUCCACGAGAUCUCAAUUUUCAAAGUCACUCCCAAGUGUAGGACUUUGUUUGCCAACCGUACAGCAUGAAUGGCCGAAGAGUAUAAGCGGAUCCAGCUUCCGACGAAUGCGGUUACCUGUCUCGGUAGCUUCUACCUCGAACUUCUCACGGUCGUCGAAAGCUCCCCAGUUUGAACUUGAAACCUCGUCCCAAAAGUCAGGCGAAGAUACAGAAAGUCAGUUUUACAUUACAGACGAUGGGAUUGCAGAAAAAGAGUACAAAGUCUCAGCACAUGAAGGGGACGAUUAUGGGCAAAAACCACUGGGGGUUGAAGAAGAAACUAAAGCUUCUGGAGUCCCCGAGGAAAUCCCCACAUUUGAGUUUGAGAUGAACCCCCCCGCCGGUCACGAGAAGGAGCUGGACCUCAUCCAGGUCCUGGAUGACGAGGAGCUCAAACAAGGAACAGUGAAGAUCGAAGACGAGUCUGACACGCCUGCCCUGGACCCCCACAACCCCGAGCUCCAAGACCAACACCCAGCGCAGAUCACUGUCCCCAUCGACGACACCGAGGCGGAGGGCGGUCUGAUGAGCUUCGCCCCCAUGCCCGUGGUCGACCCUGGCUACAUGGGCCCCGUGCAGCUGGAGAGAGAGACCUCCGACAAGGUCCACCGCUGCAACGUAUGCGGGCGAGGCUUCCGCCGGUUCUACUGCCUGAAGACGCACCAGCGCAUCCACACGGGCGAGCGCCCAUACCCGUGCCGCUACUGCGAGAAGCGCUUCCGUCACCUGGACAGCUUGCACAAGCACCAGCGUAUCCACACAGGGGAGAGGCCCUACCGCUGUGCCCAGUGUGGGUGCUGCUUCAGGGAGCUGGGACAACUUAAGAAACACAGGCUGACCCACACCCCCGAGCCACCUGCCGCCCACCCCUCGCUCUCUCUCCUCCAGCCAGGACCCUCCUACACCUGGCCUCAUCUCAACUCUCAGUCCAUGGACUCCACUUGACCAGACUGAAGUUCACAAGGAGUGGGCGUCGGUGUACAUGUCCCAUCUGCUUUUUGAUAGUUUGAAAGUAACAUGUCUCCCCCCCCCCCCCCCCCUUUCAACACACACACACACACGCUUUUUAUUAAGAACAUUAUAUUUAACGGCCGCAUCCUCAGUUAUGAAAAAAGCAACAUUGCCGCCUGCUGUUGUUGAUGGUGGCUGAAGGUUGUGAUGUUAUUUGGGUGGUGUCUAGGUGCUAGCUCAGGGGCAAAGCAUUCGACUGCAGAUAUAGAAUCAGUCAAAUCUCCCCAUGACGUCAUUUUUGAUAAAAGCAUCUGCCAAGUGAAGAUGUUAUCUUCCGUUUUUCUUUUGUUCUGGUGUGUGUGUGUGGUAUAAGAUGGUGUUGAUGAUAUUUCCAUUUGUGCAUGGUGAAGGUAAACUGCUGAUUGUGAGGUAGGUCUAGAACUAGAAUGUUGGACCAUAACAGGGAAGGUGCCGCCCAGUGGUUUGAGCAUUUGACUGCAGAUUAAGAGGUUACAGGGUCAAAUCCCCCUGUAUUGUAAAUUGCUUGGGAUAAAAGUGUAUGCUAGUAAAUGCAUUAUCAUUACCUUCAUUGUGUUCAGACCAGGAAAGGAUGUAGUUAAUAAGUUCAGCAGUUUAGCCUUCUGUGUUAUGUAUUUGCCAGGUUAGAACCCUACUAACAUUGGUUGACCAUUUACUGUAAAGUUAAUAUAGCCACAGUAUUAAUAAAACGGUUAUUCUGUGAACAACAAUAAUAUUUGAACAUUUUUAACAUUGUUUUGUCCUGCUAACUUCCUCUGUAAUCUUCAUAUAAAAAAAUCGGCACACUU